CCAGAGAAAUGGAACCACAACACAACAUACACAGCAUGACAUCUUAAAAGUUCCUUAAAUAGAAAUGAUAUUGUACAAAUGUUAGUCUCAUAAAACUAUACAGACACAUCACUUAAGAAUGCUCCUCUGCCAGUUUCUCAGCCUUUUGGAUUACUUCUUCAAUGGGACCCACUAUGUAGAAAGCUUGCUCUGGCAGGGCAUCAUAUUCACCUUGAAGAAAGAAAAGAAUAACCAUUACAAUCAAAUGUCCAUUAAGUUAAUCCCAUUUAGAAAUAUAUGAACCUUGACACAGCACUUUACCUCCUAGAAUGCUCUGGAAGCCUUUGAUUGUUUUCCUUCAGAGGCACCAGCUUUCCCAUAAGACUUCUGCUACCUGGAAUGGCUGCGACAAAAAACACUGGAUCUUACAAGCACGAGCUACAGUUAGCUUCCUCAGAUAAUUCAUCCAUACCCAAGAUAGCAAUGAUGUCCUGCAAUGAUUUGUAGUCCUAAAAAAACAGUUAGGUUGUUAGACAAGAUUUUAGUUUAGUUUUUGGAUUGCGGAUAUUGUUAACAGUCAUUUGUUGCAUCCAAGUGAGCAAAAGUUGUGGCAGGAGCAGGGUCAGUUAAAUCAUCAGCAGGUACAUAGAUAGCCUGUAACAAAAUGAUUUGAACAAUUUCAGUAUGAAUAAUCAGGAAAAAUGAGAGUCUGCUGAUGUGCAAUUAGCAUCUUGUGUCAUCUCACUUGUACUGAGGUGAUGGAGCCCUUUUUGUGGGCUGGUAACCCACAGCAGAGGGGAUAUGGCCCAACAGAGCAGACACCUAAAGGACAAUGACACAAAUAUUCAGACGCAAGAUAUGUAUACAUAAACAAUAUCAUAAUUUGUUGAUGAUAUCUGAAAAUAAUGACAAAUAUAUUUGGCAUUGCAUACCUCGGAUCCAGCCUGGGUAAACCUAAAGAUGUUGUCAAUAAAGAGAAGAACGUCCUGUCCCUCCUGAUCACGGAAGUAUUCAGCAACAGUCAAACCGUUGGGACAAAGAUGUUCCCCUCCUCUACGUUGGUGCUGCUGGUAACAGCACUGACCAGCGUCUGGGCCCAAGAGUUUUACGAAGAGAGGAAAACUAACAUAAAAUCCAAGUCCAAACCUUUGGCUGCAAAUGUUCAUAAUGGACAAGCCAUCCUAGACGAGGACUGUAGCUUGGAGCUCUCCUUCCUGUUGGACAGCUCCGAGAGCGCCAAGGACAAUCAUGAGCAGGAAAAGCAGUUUAUCAUGAACAUGGUGGACAGACUCCAAGCGGUACGGCUGCAGACCGGCCGCAGCUUAAGCUUGAGAGUGGCUCUCCUGCAGUACAGCAGUCACGUUAUCACAGAGCAAACCUUCAGAGACUGGAGGGGCACAGAGAACUUCAAGACCCAUAUAGCUCCCAUUAUCUACAUCGGGCAUGGCACCUACACCACCUACGCCAUUACCAACAUGACCAAAAUCUACCUGGAGGAAUCCAGCCCCGGCAGCAUCAAAGUAGCCAUGCUGCUUUCAGAUGGUAUUUCCCACCCGAGGAACCCUGACAUUUUCUCUGCUGUCGCUGAUGCGAAGAACCAGGGCAUCAAAUUCUUCACUUUGGGCAUCACCCGGGCAGCCAACGAGCCAGCCAAUGUAGCCCAUCUCCGUCUGCUCGCCAGCUCCCCGGCCACCCGCUUCCUGCAUAAUUUACAGGACAAAGAUAUUGUUGAAAAAAUCGUCCCUGAGAUUACCAACUUGGCUGAUGAAGGAUGCCCUCUGGCUCAGAGAUGUGCUUGUGAGAAAGGAGAGAGGGGACCAAGCGGGCCUGCGGGGAAAAAAGGUCGCUCCGGAGAUGAUGGAGCCCCAGGGCUCAGAGGUCAAAAGGGUGAAGCAGGACUAAGUGGUCUACCCGGGCGAGAGGGUGCUGAGGGAAAACCAGGUUAUAAAGGAGAGCAGGGUGAGAGGGGUGAGUGCGGCACUCCAGGAAUCAAAGGAGACAGGGGUCCUGAGGGUUCAGGUGGAGCAAGAGGACUUAGAGGUUUACAGGGGUUACCAGGACCACAUGGAGACAUUGGACCAGAGGGCCAUCAGGGAAAGCAGGGUGAACGUGGCCCACCUGGCCCCUCAGGGACUCAGGGGGAGACUGGUAUUGGACUUCCUGGACCAAAAGGUGACAUGGGAUUCCAGGGUCGACCAGGUCCUCCUGGUCCCCAUGGAGUGGGCGAGCCCGGCCUUCCUGGACCUCAAGGACCACAGGGUGUUCAAGGGGAAAAAGGACCCCAUGGCGAGGGGUUUCCCGGACCAAAGGGGGAACGUGGGCUCGCUGGACCGAGAGGACCAAGGGGACAGCAGGGCGCAGGAAUCAAAGGAGAAAGGGGUGACAUGGGGCCUCCAGGUUCUCCUGGGCCAACUGGACUGACAGGAGUGGGCAUACAGGGAGAGAAGGGAAUCGAGGGUCCAAGAGGUCCACCAGGCGUCAGAGGACAUCCAGGAGAAGGUUUACCUGGACCGAAGGGAGACCAAGGUUUACCAGGAGAGCAGGGAGCCACAGGCGAGAGAGGCAUUGGUGAGCCUGGUCCAAAGGGAGACCCUGGGGCAGCUGGUUUGGGUGGCCUGCCUGGUCUUCCAGGAGAGGAUGGAGCUCCAGGGCAGAAGGGGGAGGCUGGUUUACCUGGUUUAAGAGGUCCUGAGGGAGCACAAGGAGUUGGCACUCAAGGGGAGAAGGGUGACCAGGGUCUGAGGGGCAUACGUGGGUUACAUGGGCCUCCUGGGAUCUCAGGACCCUCUGGACCAAAGGGUGAACGUGGGAUACCAGGCCAGCAGGGCAUGCUGGGGCAGCCAGGACGGUCCAUAUCAGGUCCAAAGGGUGAUGGAGGCCCUGCUGGUCCCCCUGGUCCUGUUGGGGAAACAGGCCAUGGAUUACCUGGUCCAAAGGGUGAUCGUGGUCAUCCAGGUUCAUCAGGUCCAGUUGGUCCAAAAGGCGAAGGCAUCCCCGGCCCUGUGGGUCCUCCAGGCCUGCCAGGCUUACCGGGCGAGCAGGGCCCAGAAGGAAUAGGAAUUCCUGGUCCCAAGGGUGAUAUUGGUUUCAGAGGAUUGCCAGGUUUGCCCGGCCCCCCUGGAGAGGGCUUACAAGGACCACCUGGUAACGUUGGGAGGCCAGGAACUGCUGGUCCAACUGGACCUUCAGGAGUGGGUAUUCAAGGCCCAAAGGGUGAGCCAGGAUCACAAGGCAUGGCUGGGCCUAGAGGGCCUCAAGGGGAUGGAUUUCCUGGAGCUAAGGGUGAUCGUGGAUCACAGGGUGAGAGGGGGAUGAAAGGUAUAAAAGGAGACAUGGGAGACUCUGGAAAUCAUGGUGAAGCAGGGAGGCCAGGAUCAAAAGGAGACCCAGGCCUCACAAGAGAAGACAUUAUUAAGCUGAUCAAAGAAAUCUGUGGAUGUGGCAUCAAGUGCAAAGAAAGGCCAAUGGAACUUGUGUUCGUCAUCGACAGCUCAGAGAGUGUCGGCCCCGAGAACUUUGAAAUCAUCAAGGACUUUGUCACCAGGUUGGUGGACCGGACCACAGUCGGACGCAACGCCACCAGAAUCGGACUGGUCCUCUACAGUCUGGAUGUCCAUUUGGAGUUUAACUUGGUUCGCCACAUGAACAAACAAGACAUUAAGCAGGCAAUCAGAAAAAUGCCUUACAUGGGUGAGGGCACCUACACUGGCACCGCCAUCAGAAAGGCAACUCAGGAGGCUUUCUUUAGCGCUCGGCCUGGAGUCAGGAAAGUAGCCAUCGUCAUCACCGAUGGUCAAACUGACAAACGAGAGCCUGUCAAACUUGACAUAGCUGUGAGGGAAGCUCACGCUGCAAACAUUGAGAUGUACGCCCUGGGGAUCGUCAAUUCUUCUGAUCCUACGCAGACGGAGUUCCUGCAAGAACUCAACCUCAUUGCCUCAGACCCCGACAGCGAACACAUGUACCUUAUUGAUGACUUCAACACUCUACCAGCACUGGAGUCUCAACUCAUCAGCCAGUUCUGUGAAGAUGAAAAUGGCGCCCUCAUUUACAAUCGAAUUACAAACGGACUCUGGAACGGCAACAAUGGUAAUGGCAUAAAUGGAAAUAAUGGACAUGGGCGUGGUAUUAAUGGAAACAAUGGACAUGGAGAGAGUACCAAUGGAUAUAAUGGCUAUGGCAAUAAUGGUUAUCGAAACAAUGGAUAUGGGAACACCGAAAAUGUUCACAAUUACCAAGAGGAAAUACAAAUUCAGAGGCGCACGAACAGCCGAGGCCGUGGAGACACUUUCGCCCUAACCAUCAGUGCUGAUCCGCUCCCCGUCCAGGUGGCAGAAGACGAUGAAGGUGAAGAUUUAGACUUAAGAGCCCAUGCGCGGGGCAGUAAUACUGUAGCUACUGUAGCUGUGGUUAACAAAACAACAUCUUUAUCACCUGUGAGAGAAAGCUCCGUCUCUGAUGAGGCCAGCUUAUCAUCUUCUACGUCGUUAUCCUCAUCUGCAACAUCUGUGUCAACACUGGGCUCAGCUUUAAACUCUAACCGGUUGCCGGCCGUGGUGAGUCCAGUCCUGCCUGAAGCAGCCCCCCGCUGUAACCUCAGCUUGGACCAAGGCACCUGCCGAGACUAUAGCAUUUACUGGUACUACGACAAGCAGGCCAAUGCCUGUGCACAGUUUUGGUAUGGAGGCUGCGGUGGAAAUGACAACCGUUACAAAACAGAGGAUGAAUGCAAGAAUACUUGCGUUCUAUUCAGAACAGCAGGAUGAAAGGAGAAGAAGACAUCAGAAAGUGGACUACUCAUUUGUUAUUUUAAUGUGAUGCAUUCUGUCAGUUGGGUUCAGCAAAUAAUUCCAUGCACUUUUUAUAACACUUUUGUCCUCACACACAAAUAACGGUACUGAAAAAUAAUGAUGAAUUUAAUCAAAUUCUGAAAAAUUACAUGUUGCUGUUCACUGACUGACUUAAUUAAGAUGAAUUUCUACAAAAACAGACUUUAUUACCUGAAAGAAAUUGUAUUGUGCUUGAUAAACCAGAAGUUAUCCUUUAUUCAAGGUUUGGCUGCCCUCGGUUUCAUAAAACAACUUUAAUUAGAAAUUGUAUUACAAUUUAAAAUUAACCUGUAGAUCAUUCUUAUACCUCUAUGAGCCACGUGCUUUACGUACUUUGUGUUUAUUAUUUACUGAAAUAUGCUGAGUAUUUUUUUAUGCGUUCUAUUUGUUUUUGUCUGGGUACUACUUUCAGAGGUCUACUGCAAUUGUCUAAACCUGUCUAUUUGGGCAGUGUGUGCACCGUAUAUUUAAAAUAAAUAAUUUUUUUUUUUUUUUUUGUAAUGAAAUGUAAAAUAAUAGUGGUUUGUCUUGUUUUGUGUGUGUUCAUUGAGGAAAAUAACCAGUAUUACUAUUACCAUUAUAACCGUCAUCAUCUGUCAUCAAUUAAUUAAAUGAAUGGAUUAUGAACAUUACCUAAAUCUAACUUUAAAAUUAAGUUUGUUUUAUUUUUUAUUUAAGUUUUCCCUCUCACAUAAAAUUGCGUUAUAUAAUUAUUAA